GUAAACAGCUUCCUCCAAUCAGGAUGCUCCGGCGGCUGCAACUUCACCCGUUUGAUGCCACUCUUUGUCAGUUUGCCUGCCGUACGGCUCCAUUCCUUUGCUCGGCACAACUGGGGCGAUAUAAAGGAGGUGAUUAAAGGAGUCCUACCUCAACACUGAGACUUUCUGCAACCAGACUGAAGCUACAAUGGUGCCGUUAGGUCAUGUGAUCUAACACCUGCCACCGUCCCUCUAACAGGUAGGUAUUUUGCGGGAGGACGGCAGGGAGAACCAAUCACGUCGAGUCAGGCGUCCGUCGUAGCCAAAAAGACAAUUGCUCUUCUGAAGGGGAAAAAAAAAACAUUAAAAAUACAAAAACAGAUAUAAGUGAAAAGAGAAUUUUUUAAAAAAUGUGAAGAAUUUCACAAAGUAAGGAGGUAACAUAUGCGCUAAAGACACACAUGGACUGAAAGCAAUGGCAGAUGAGAGGGAACAUAAGAGACUCACCAAUCAAGCCAAGGACAGAGAGGUCAGGAAGUACAAGCGAGCGAACAGGGCGCCGCCUCACCAAGGUCUGCACAAGGCGAGAGCCGGGAAAGGACGUCUUCUGCUGAGGGGCUAGUUUCUCUUUUACGGUACACUGCUGCCGUGCGGCGAUGACUCAGUCCACCGCCAUGAGGCCACACUUCUCAGGGGACACCCAGGAGGAGAGGGAGAGAGGCCAGGAGGCAUCCCUGAAUCCUCUGCAGGAAGCCUGCAGCUGGGAGCGAUGGUGGACGAGGAGAUGGAGGGCGGCCUUCAGAGCUGGCUUCUUCCUUUGGCUCUGUGUCUUAUCCCAGAUCACUGGAGUCUGGAUCCUGUAUAUGAUGAACGGAUACAAUGCUUUCCCAGCUGCGCACAAAGUCCUGGACCUCGUGCAGUACCUGCUAUCAGCACUGGGGGCGUACAGCUCAGCGGAAGAGGAGAUGCCUCAUUCCCUGUGGAUGGACCUCUGGAGGAUAGAGAGCAUAUGCCCCCUACUGGCUACACUCUUCCUUGGCAUUGCCAUCCUGGCCAUUGGGAUCCACUACUGUCUGAAAGCCCUGUUCCCUGGCAGCCUCCCCACUGUCCCCAACAGCCGGCGUCAGUCCAUGAGCCGUCAGCCCUCCUUCACUUACUCCGAGUGGACCGACACUAAGCCGGAAGACCUCUUCGACCUGGACCCUGUCCCUGAGACACCAAUCUUUGAAUCCUUCAUGGACAUAAAGGCAGAGACUGACCCAGGCACCCUCACAGUGAAGCCAGUGGGGCUCCAGGAGAGGAGGGGCUCCAACGUAUCUCUGACCCUGGACAUGUGUACUCCAGGCUGCACUGAGCCCUACGGGGCACUCCUGUCACCAGGGGAGCAGUCCGCGCGAGAAUAUCUCCAAAAGGCCUCUAACGUUCUCACUGCCACCCAGCUGCACAGCCGUGCCCUGGACGACGCUGCCCUGCAGGCCGAAUUCUUUGAGACUCCCAUGAACUUUGUGGAUCCCAAGGAAUACAGCUACCCAGGAAUUGUGAGAAAGAACCGUUACAAAACCAUCCUCCCAAAUAAGCACAGCAGAGUUUGCCUUAAAACAAUAGAAGAAGAUGACUUCCUCAACACCUACAUCAACGCGAAUUAUCUGAAAGGUUAUGGAGGGGAGGAGAGGACCUACAUCGCCACCCAGGGCCCCACAGUGAACACCGUCAGUGACUUCUGGAAGAUGGUUUGGCAGGAGCACUCGCCCAUCAUCGUUAUGAUCACCAACGUUGAGGAGAAGAAUGAGAAAUGUACAGAAUACUGGCCAGAGGACAGUGUGACCUACGAAGGGAUUGAAAUCACCGUCACUCAAGUGAUACAGGCCAAUGACUACAGACUGAGGAUCUUCUCUCUUAAGUGCAAUGACGAGGUACGCAGUCUCAGGCACUACUGGUAUACGUCUUGGCCCGACCAGAAGACCCCGGACAAGGCUCCGCCACUGCUGGAGCUGGUGGAGAAAGUGGAGAAGGCGCGGCAACAGGCCCCGCCCGACAGCGGCCCCGUCAUCGUCCACUGCAGCGCAGGAAUCGGUCGCACUGGAUGCUUCAUCGCCACCACCAUCCUCUGCAAACAGCUGAUGAACGAAGGGAUGGUGGACAUUCUGAAGACCACUUGUCAGCUUCGCUUGGAUAGGGGAGGCAUGAUCCAGACACCUGAGCAGUAUCAGUUCGUGCACCAUGUUCUCAGUCUCUAUGAGAGGCAAUUGUUCUGUUCUGCUGAGGAAUAGAAGGCUAAUAUCAUCUUUUAGCCCGAAGGUUAAAGGAGACAUUUCUGCUUUAACACGAGACAAGACUCAUCUUACAAGGAUUUCAAUUUUCCAUCCUCUCAGCUCAUUUGGACUCAGUGAUCCACGAGCCAGGAUAUCUCCCUGUCUGUCUGUGCUCUGUCUGUACAGCAUCAGAGCAUGUCCAUUGUGAAUGUGCUCUUGCUGCAGAAUUAGUCAGUCAGUAAUUACCAACUGUGAGUUUGAGGAAUUGUGCCACUUCUCGUUUAAGCACAUUGCGUCUGCAGGGUCAGAACCUGCCAUUGAGUCUGAGUCACAUUUCUAACCCUGUGCUUCAGCUAUCAAUGAAGAAAUUCUUCACCAGUCUGUAGGGCUGCAAUCCUAUUUGUAGUCCACAAUGUUCACCAAUGUACUGGAUCCUGAUGCUUUAUAUGAGACUGUAAAGACAAAAUGGGUGAGUAUUUCUUUUCACCUGACUUUUUCCAUAACUUUCAGUCGAACUGUUUGCUGAAAAUGACCAGAAGUGAAUUUUAUUGAUUUUAAUGAUUUCUACAGAGACUUGGAACUAGAAUACUUUAAAGCUUUACCUUAGUCUGGAUUGAAGAAUUGACAGGGGAGAGAAGCCCUGACCUGCUGUUACAGCAGUGAACUCAUGGCACCUCAAACAUGGUCAUUAAGGCAAACUGCCAUUACAAGUACAUCUAUCUUCAUCCAGUUCUGAAGAUCAUCAGAAUGCGCCACCAAAUUAAUGGGAGGAAGUACUUCUCAGAACAAUCAUCUCUGAGACUCAGUGCCUAGGGCCCCAGCUGGAGAUGAGAUCCUUUUAUGGAGAGUAAUCAUGGCCCAAAUUUCAGGUCAAAAUAGCUUCUGUAACCAGCAGCCCCGAAAAAAAAAACCUCUCAACUGAAUGUGUGCAUCAUGUUUCAUUAUCUACUGUCAGAAAUUCUUAUUUGAUGGAAUAUGAAGGGUUGACGUUCACAUAGCACAAGGCAUGAAUUUUGAUUGGUCUAGACUUUGAGCUCUAGAAUAAUUAGUUAAAAGGGCGGCACGCUAUCCUUACCCCUCCAGGUCUGGGUGUUCAAAUAUCGCCCUUAGCACUGUGUGCUUGGAGUUUGCAUCUUCUUUCUGUAAUUAUGUAGGAUUUCUCUAAAAUCAUUUGCUUAUGCAAACUGGUUCCAAGAAAUCAGCCAUAGUGUUAGUAAAUAUGCCUUGUGUUGGACUUGCAACCUGUCCGGGGUGCACUCUGCAGAACAUGAGCCCCAGGCUCCUGUAAUCUAGUGCCACAUAAGCAGUAUGGAAGAUGGAUGGACGGGAUAAAAACCUAGAUGUGGGAAGCCCUACAGGGGGAUGCAAAUCCAUAUGAGCUUCCUUGCAAAUGACCAUGGCGAUCUUGGAAGGUCUCACGAAAGCCAGCUUUGUAGUUUUGCUCAGAAAGCACAGGGUAGUGAUCCUCAGAGCCUCAUUAAGUUGCUUUGGCCUCUUGGUGAUGCGAUUAGGCAUCUGUAUAGGAGAUGAGCGCUUCGGUGUCACCAUGACUACCUCCCAGCAAAAGAGCUGCAAUGGAAAAGUAAGGCAUAGCUACAAUCGGAAAAGAGAACAAUGUGGAAUAUGUUUUAUGUUCUUGCCAAUACACAUUGUCAGUACUACCAGUAAUGCAAUUAACGAAUAUGUUAGUUUCAGAUGUAAUGAAACAAUGAGAAUGAUGCCAGUUCCGAUGCAGACACUGAGUUGCUGUGGUUUAUGUGAGAGAGCGUACCUUGUCCAGUAUAGAGAUCAGGCAGCUAGGUGGCCGCGAAGGCAGUUCCUCAAGCACACAUAUUUUAUACACGACGGCCUUAAUCUGUGUGAAUCUCUCCAUCGCACCUGACAGGGGUGGUGGAUUCGGAAGAUUGUACCGUUGGUCAAGGUCCAUUCAAAUGUCUCUUCCUGCUUUCCAGUCAAUCACAAAGUAGAAGGAGCAAGAGCUUGAGGUGGUCAUUUUGGCCCGACAUUCCCCAGGUCUACAAGGGGAACAAUAAAGGAUGGUGUUACUGGUAAUGUUUCUUUGGUCUGGUAGCGCCUACAAGCACUCAAGUGAGUAGACGCCAUUGGAUUCUUCAGACCAGACAAGGCAAGUUCUCUUUAAGGACUAAAACUGUACUUUUGUCUGCACAUACCGAGGCUGUUUCCCGCAGUUUUUUUUUCCCACUGGGGUUUUUUUGAAAACCCAAUAUGCUGCAUUUCAAGUUCUUUAGUUUGUUUUUUUUUAGGAAUCAAAAUACCGGCACACUGUAUAUUACUCAGCUUUCAUUCAUACUGUCAUCUCACUCUGUUAACUACUGCUGCGGAGGGGG